AGUUACGUUCGAAUACGUGUCGAACAAUAUCGGAAUUUGUUGCAUCGGCGUGCCAACGCCGACCAUCCCAUACGUCGCAGGCUGAAAUUUAUUUGUUUUGUUAUGCUACGGGCACCUGUUGCCAGAUAAUUCCGAUAAAUAUUGGUCAUUCCCAAACCUCGAUAUCUCAAGUAAAACGCAUUUUCAUUAAUAUCGUGGAACUCGAGAUGAUGGUCACACGCGCCAUUAUUUUUCUCCUUAUUACAGGAAUAUGUUCGGCAAAUCUAAGAGUAAAGCUGCACAAGUUCACUCAAGGAGCCGAAGAAAUUGUCAAUUUCACCCAAAGAACGAGUUUUUCUUCUGAACCCACACUGAAUACAUCAGUUAUCAUCGAACCGUUAACCAACUACCACAACGUGCAAUAUUACGGCGAGAUUCAUAUCGGAAAUCCUCCGCAGAAAUUUAACGUUUUGUUUGACACUGGAUCAUCGAAUCUUUGGGUGCCUUCAAUCCUAUGUAAUGAAACUUGCGAGAGACGCAACAAAUAUGAUAGUUCAAAGUCAUCUACUUACGUAGGAAAUGGGACUUACAUAUAUCUCAAUUUCUUGUCUGGAAGCAUCGAGGGUGUUCUUUCAUCAGACGAUUUCUACAUCGGCGGUCACAGAGUACAAGGACAGUUGUUUGCCGAAAGCACCGAAAUCAGCGGCGAUCACAGGGAUGGUGCUAUGUUUGACGGGAUUUUCGGGCUAGCAUUCAGCGCCCUGGCUGCGAGCGACGUUACACCUCCAUUUUUCACUAUGAUGGAUCAACAAGUCGUGACCAAAGGUGUCUUUUCGUUUUUCUUGAGCAGCGAUUCGGAUGUAGAACCAGGCGGGGAGAUAGUUUUCGGGGGCUGGGACGAGGAAAUCUUCGACGCCGAUAAUAUACACUGGAUCAACCUGACUGACACAGUCUACUGGCAGUUUAACANCGAAUAA